AUGAACUGCUGUGAUAACUCCGGCGCACGAAACAUCUACAUCAUCUCCGUCAAGGGCAUCGGAGCCCGUCUCAACCGCCUCCCCGCUGCUGGUGUUGGUGACAUGGUCAUGGCGACUGUCAAGAAGGGAAAGCCCGAGCUGAGAAAGAAAGUCAUGCCCGCUGUUGUUGUGAGACAGAGCAAGCCGUGGCGACGGGCUGAUGGCAUUUACCUGUAUUUUGAGGAUAAUGCUGGUGUGAUUGUCAACGCUAAAGGUGAAAUGAAGGGCUCAGCCAUCACCGGCCCAAUUGGAAAGGAAGCUACAGACCUGUGGCCGCGUAUUGCAGCUAACUCGGGUGUUGUGGUAUAA